AUGUCGAACAAUAACGGCUCUAUCAAAAAUCGGAAGAGGCGUAACAGCAAUAAUUUCACCCAACCUAGCAAACGACUGCAAUUUGAAUUAGACAAUCCAAUCACGGUUGAGGUUCGGCAAGAGGCUCAAUGUCCGCCGAUUAUAGCUUCUUCUCCUGGCCUUCAAGUCAGCUCGUCUACAAUUCUUCGGCCUUACGUAAAGCCGUUGGUUAAAGCAAAAAAAGAUAAUGCGAGUUUACUCAACCAGGAAAUGCUUCUACACUCUGCAGAACACCCAAAAAUAGAUUACACGGCCAAAGAUGAAUCUCUAGGAGUUUCUGAUCCCCUCGUCAAACAUUAUAUUGGUCUAUACAAUCCUAAAUCGGGAAAGCUUGAGGUUACGGAAGCCCGAAGAAUGAUAAUUCGUGGAAAUGUUAAGGCGUAUAUUUAUGAGGAUGAACAGGAAAGAACUCUAAAUAAUAUAAGGGAACAACGAAAUAUCCUAGGUCAGACUUUCGGAACGAAAAAAGCUCGGCGCGCAAUUGCAUCUGCUGUUGAGAACGCUAUAUCCCCAGAUAUUUAUCUGCGCAACUCAGAUGGUCCACCUGUAGCGAAUACUGCCACAGUAGCUAUGCUUGCUAAUAUGGCUGAAACGACUAAAGGUAUGAAUAGUCGGGCUGCUCUCGCCAAAAUUGCGGACGAAGGGAAACCCCGGCCCAGAGCAAACGAAGAUGCAACUUCGGUUCAAGAUGUCUAUACCAUUGACUCUCUGAUUGGGGAGGAUAUUUUGAAAAUGUUGCCAAUUAAGGAAUGGCAAGAUAAACUCAAGAUGAAUGAAGAGAUUUUUCUUCGAUCCAAAUUUGUUGCCAGCCGAAUCCAAAAGUAUACCAAUGAUUACAAGAUGCUUAAGGUGUUGCGCUUUGCCUUAUUGUUGAUUCAAAUUUACCAGUCCUCCAGGAGUUCCAGGGAAGGGAAAAGACUACCCAGAAGAGACGAACUUAAGGAUAUCGUUGGAGAUAUUCCUGAGGCAGUUCUUGGGAACGUGAAACAAAAGUUUUCGGAAGAUGGAAUCAUCAAUAAAUACCGCUGUGAUUUACUGAUUACUCACCUCUGUGUAAUUUCACUCAUAGUCGACAAUUUUGAAACUGACACAAGUGACUUGAAGGAGGACUUACAGCUGGAACUUUCACAAAUUACCAAGUACUUUGCAGAAGUUGGAGCCAAGAGCACUGCUUUGGGUAAAGCCGAAACCACGCGCCUUGGAAAGAGUGUGGCGUCCCAAAGAAGACUCGCAAAACUUAAGUUACCUCUCGUGUUUCCAAAGCUGUCAUACGGUGGAAGGAAGAAAUAA